AUGGCUACAUCAUCAUCGAGCUACAAACGCUACAAACGCUACGCACUCUCACAAACCCUAACCACUCACCAACUUCCAAUCACCGCCGUCAAAUUCUCCCCCAACGGCCGUCUUCUUGCCUCCUCUUCCGCCGACAGCAUCAUCGGCAUUUACGCCGUCACCAACUCCGAAUCCGAUUCCGAUUCCAACCGCCUUACCCUAUCUCUCGUGGAACAAUACGAAGGUCACCGACUCGGCGUUUGCGACAUCGAUUUCUCUUCCGACUCUCGUUUCCUCGCCUCCUCCUCCGACGACAAAACCGUCCAGCUAUGGGACGUUUCGACGGGGUCGCUACUCAAGACUUUUCUUGGCCAUCGUAGCUUCGUCUUCUCCGUUAAUUUCCAUUCUCAUUCGAAUAUCAUCGCUUCGGCAUCGUUUGAUGAGAGUAUCAGGAUGUGGGAUGUUAGGUCUGGGAAAUGUUAUAAUAAUAUUCAUGCACAUUCUAAACCUGUUAGUGCGGUUGAUUUUAAUGGCGAUGGGACUGUCAUGGUUUCUGGUGGCUAUGAUGGUCUUUGCAGGCUUUGGGAUGUUUCUACCGGUCACUGUAUGAAGACUCUCGUUCAUGAUGAGGAUGAGAUUCCUCCUGUUACAUAUGUCAAGUUUUCACCCAAUUCUGAGAUGGUUCUUGUUGCUACCUUGGAUAACACUUUGAGGCUUUGGAACCAUUCUGAUGAGAUGGUUGUGAAAUCUUACCGUGGUCAUGUUAAUUCAAAAUUCAGUAUUUCGUCCUCAUUUUCUACAACAAAUGGGGAGUAUAUUGUUAGUGGUUCGGAAAAUAACUGUAUAUACUUGUGGGAUCAGCAGUCGAGGAGAAUGGUACAGAAGAUGGAAGGUCAUACAGAUACAGUCAUAGCUGUCUCGUGUCACCCGACGGAGAACAUGAUUGCUUCGGGAUCUAUCGGCAAUGAUACAACUGUCAGGAUAUGGACUCAACAGGAAGACUGA